AUGGAAAGCUUGCAAAACUUUUGGUCUCAAACGGUUGUUCCAAACUCUUCGAAAUUAAUCACGAAGGUUAAAUCUCUAUCAACAACAACAACAACAACAACAAAAUCAGAGAUGAACCCACCAACAACAACGAACGACUCUGAAAAUACAUCAUCUCCAGUGAAAGAAACAGCUUUGGGAGCAACUGUGGGUGGUGUUGUGGCUGGAUCAACCGCCUACGUUGGUAUUCCAACUCUUGCUUCUCUCCUCGGGUUUGGUAAAGCAGGAAUUGCUUCAUGCUCUCUGGCUUCAUCAUGGAUGAGUGCUGUAGCCGUGGCCAAUGGAGGUGGUGUUGCUGCUGGCUCAACCGUUGCUACGUUGCAAUCGAUUGGUGCUGCGGGUGCGGUUGGUUUGACCACAACGGUUCUUCCCGUAGCGAUUAUUGGUGGUGUUGUGGUUGGAGCUGGUGUUUAUGGAUAUAAGAAAUAUUAUAAAAAGAAUAAUAAUGAGAAUGGAAAUGGGAAUUCUGGAAAGUGA